AACGACUUCGGAGCACAGUAAAUGGUGAGGGCCAAGAAGUCAGGGAGUGCAAAGAGAAAACAAGAGGCGAGUUGCUGAGCAAUAUGUCCUAAUUGCAUUGAUAAAGAGUAAUGGGCUUUUCUUUCUUCAGUUUUCUUUCCAGCAGGGUGGAUGGGGAGCGUCACUGGCUGACAAGCUGGUCAGGUGAGAAUAGUUUCUAGAUUCCUACUUGAGUGUUUAUUGAUGGAGAAGAGAGUGAAUGAUGCAGUUUGAAACAAAAAUGCGAUGUUCUGAAUCGUGGAUUUUCAGGUUAUAAUACCAGAUGGGCGAAAAUUAUUCUCCCGAGGCUAAUCAGGAAGGGGAACAGUUUGGACAGCCCAGUAGCAGUUACAAUUUUCUUUGGUGCCAAUGACAGUGCGCUAAAAGACGAGAGCCCCAAGCAGCACGUCCCCCUGGAGGAGUACGCGGCGAACCUGACCAGCAUGGUGCGGUACCUGCGGUCCGCGGACGUGCCCGGGAGCAGGCUCAUCCUCGUCACGCCGCCGCCGCUCGGCGAGGCCGCCUGGGCACAGGAGUGCCUCCGGCAAGGGUGCAAAUUAAAUCGCCUCAACUCGGUCGUUGGUGAAUAUGCCAGGGCCUGCCUACAAGUAGCCCAAGACUGUGGGACUGAUGCACUCGACCUGUGGAGCCUGAUGCAGAAGGACAGUCAGGACUUUUCUUCCUAUUUGUCAGAUGGACUACAUUUAUCACCAAAAGGAAAUGAGUUUUUGUUCUCCCAUCUUUGGCCUUUGAUCGAGAAGAAAGUCUCUUCCCUGCCUUUGCUGCUCCCUUACUGGCGAGACAUCGCAGAAGCAAAACCAGCACUAAGUCUUCUGGGAGAUGGGGGCCACUAGUCACAGAAAACCACGCCCAGCUGUUAGUCUACGGAACAGGAAGCCGCCAGCGCACAGAGGCCCAAGAUAAGGGGUCAGAGAAGAUUCUUUUCUCAACUUUCAUGGCCCUGCCAUAAAAAUCACUAACAAACAUCUGCCACCAAAAUUAGUAAAAGCAUGGGAAUUUUUGACAGCUUUGUACCUAGGUACAUCGUGAUUUGAUAAUAAAUAUUUAUUGAUUGAUGCAGGUGUCAUCAGUGCCACAGCUACAAAAUAUACCCUGAUACCCUGAGCAGCUUGUUAAUUUUAUAAAUGGAAAAAAGGUAAAGACAGUGUUUUUUUUUUUUUUAAGUCACAAUUUUAUAAAAAAUGGUUUCUUACAUUCAGCUGGGAACCAUUUCACUCAUACAUACACCCACUCACCUUAUAUCAGAUUGCAGAAGUGUUAACUACAAUAUAAGAAAUAUUAUAACUAGUUAAAAGACAGCAUAUACCACAAGGUACAAGUUCAAGUAUUAGUGUAACAGGUAUCUGCGUAACAAACAUCCUUAGAAAAAAAGAUACGAUUUGUCACAGGUUUGGUUGAUUGCUCUCAAAGCUUACAAGUUAUCUCAGUUAAAAUGUCUUCCCUGGUGAGCACAUUUCAGUACUUAGCAGGGGAAAGAAGCUUGUAAAAGGAAAUCAAUCAGAAUUCAACCUGAUGGUUUUUAUCCUUCACACAGUAGAUGCAGACCAUACUGAAGCACUAGAUCAAGAAGUAACGUGGGUCAAAACCAAGGGUUUCUAGCAAUCAGCUGUGUGGGGAGAAAGCCCCAGGCCAGCACAUCACACCCGGUUCUUUUCGCAGAAACCAUCUCCUGUGCGCUCUUGGCCACUAGUGUUUGAGAAGAGGCGAACACAACCCGCUUAUUCUGAAGGAGUUCAGGCUUUCUGAAGGGCGAAUGUUUUUAGAGGAUGGUGACAGUAUCGAUACAUG